AUGGUGGCCCCUUCCACACCAAAAAGUAGCAAGAGAAGUUUCAAAGGCUCUCCUCAGUCUUCCGGCAGGAAGAAUUUGAAGCAGGCUUCAGUGCUUUCGUUCUUCAGUAAGCACAAAACUCCCUCCAGCACUCCUCUUAAGAACAAAAAGGUGUCGCUUUUUGUUGAGAAUGAUGAUAUGACCGAGAAUGAAUCUGGCUUUGUAACUGCUUUAGAGGAUACAAACAAUCACUCUGUCAUUGAACCAGUUGAUAGCAGUGCGCCUCUCGAAAACUUGGAAAACUCGAAUGUUGGGAAUAACUCUGCGAUAGCACAGUCAGGUGUUUCUUUGCUUGAGCAAGAUCACCGCAACAAAGCACAAAGUGUACAAGACGAUAAAAAGGGAUAUUCAGAUAUCUUGAGCAGAGAUAAUGCUAGCCCUCGAGCAGAUCCUUCGAGGCUUGAGAACAGCACCACGAGACAAGACUCUGGGCCCUUGGCAGAAGACCUCUCAGAGACAGAGGGAAGAAGGAAAGCCAAGAGAAACGUCACAUAUACUGAGGACAGUGAGGACGAAGAUGACGGUAAUAUUGUAAAGACAGGGAAGAAGAGAAGAAAGCAAUUGUCUAGCGACGAAGAGGAAGAAUACAUUCCAGAAGGACAAAAUAAUAGUGGUGAAGACGAUGAUGAAGCAGACCUACUUGUAGAAAUAGGUGCGGUUGAUGCUAAAAAAGAGCUGAAGGGCGAUGAAAGCCCUUUCAUGGAUGAUGAUGACGAUGAUGACGACAUAUUGAGUUUAUCAGCCAAAAAGCCCAAAGCUCGUGCCGGCCCCGUAACUUCAGGCUCCCCUGUAGCUGUGCGCUCACCCACACAUCGCAAGCGCUCUCCUCCUGCAAGAGCCCCAAGUCAAACGGGAAAAGGAAAGCAUUCGGGCUUCAAUAAGGAGAAUGAAGAGCGUUACCAGUGGUUGGUCCACGAGCGUGAUGCCCAAGGAAGAUCCAAGGAAGAUCCUGACUAUGACUCCAGGACGUUGUUUAUCCCAUCAUCUGCUUGGAGUAAGUUCACCCCAUUCGAAAAGCAGUACUGGGAAAUCAAGAGCAGGAUGUGGGACUGUAUUGUUUUCUUCAAGAAAGGCAAGUUUUUCGAACUAUAUGAAAAAGAUGCUUUGCUAGGAAACCAACUGUUCGACUUGAAAAUUGCUGGAGGGGGCCGGGCAAACAUGCAAUUAGCCGGUAUCCCAGAAAUGUCGUUUGAUUAUUGGGCAAUGCAGUUCAUUCAGCAUGGAUACAAGGUUGCUAAAGUUGAUCAACGGGAGUCUAUGCUUGCAAAAGAAAUGCGUGAAGGUAACAAAGGAAUUGUUAAGCGCGAACUGCAGCAUGUUCUCACAUCUGGAACUCUCACUGACUCUGGGAUGCUUCAAUCUGACCAAGCCACGUUUUGUUUAGCUAUAAAGGAAGAAGCGGGAACAUAUCACGACACUGAAAACGGAACUGUUGAACCCUCAAAGACCGAGAGCAAGAUUUUUGGCGUAGCGUUUAUCGACACUGCAACAGGAGAAAUUGAACUACUGGAAUUUGAAGAUGACAGCGAGUGUUCAAAGCUAGAUACCUUGAUGUCUCAAGUUAAGCCUAAAGAGAUAAUAAUGGAAAAGAACAAUCUUUGUAACCUUGCUCAUAAGAUCGUUAAAUUUAAUGCCCAACCACAGGCAAUUUUCAACUAUCUAAAGCCUGUGGAGGAGUUUUAUGAUUUUAAUAAGACUUUUGAUGAACUUACAUCUACUGAGACAAAAUAUUUCGCCGACAUGGAGCACUGGCCGGCGGUUUUGACACAUUAUUUUGAAAAGGGAAAAAAGGUAGGUUUUUCGGCUUUCGGUGGACUGCUAUCUUAUUUGAAAUGGCUGAAGUUAGAUGAAGCCAUGAUCACAAUGGGAAAUAUUAAGGAAUAUAACCCUAUCAGAUCACAAAACUCGUUGGUCUUAGAUGGUGUUACUCUACAAAACCUCGAAAUAUUCUGUAACUCGUUUGACAACUCCGACAGGGGAACGCUAUUCAAACUUCUUAAUCGGGCAAUCACUCCGAUGGGAAAGAGAAUGCUUAAGAAAUGGGUAGUCCACCCGCUAUUACAAAAAAAAGAUAUCGAAAUGAGGCUUGACAGUGUUGAUUUGCUUCUGACAAAAAUCGAAAUAAGGGAGGUGCUAGAAGACAAACUCAGCCUUUUGCCAGACUUGGAACGUUUCUUGGCCCGCGUGCACUCCGGAGCUCUGAAAAUAAAAGAUUUCAACAGAGUUAUCGAAGGUUUUGAAAGUAUAACGGGACUUAUUGCCAAGCUCCAAAAUUUCGAGCUCACUGGCUCACUUCAAGUAUUUUUGAAUCAGAUCCCUGAAGCUCUUUCGGAAAAAGUCGAAGGUUGGGUUGGUGCUUUUGAUCGAAAGAAAGCUGUGAACGACGGAGUCAUUAUACCAGAGCGCGGAGUGGAACCAGAGUUCGAUCGAUCGCUGCAAGGAAUCAAGGAUUUAGAAGAUGAACUGGAUGGCCAUCUGCGAGAAUACAAAAAACAAUUUAAAUGCUCUAACAUCCAGUUUAAAGAUUCAGGAAAGGAAAUUUACACCAUUGAAGUCCCUAUGUCAGCUACGAAACAAAUACCUUCCGACUGGAUUCAAAUGGGUGCUAACAAGUCCAAUAAAAGGUACUACUCGCCUGGAGUUGCGAAGCUUGCGAGAUCGAUGGCUGAAGCUCGUGAAAUGCACAAGUCAUUAGAAGAAAGCUUGAAGAGCAGGCUGUAUAAAAAAUUUGAUCUUCAUUAUCAGGAUGUUUGGAUGCCCACACUGUUAGCAGUAGCUCGGAUGGAUUGCAUUCUGUCGCUAGCAAGGGCUUCCGAAUCACUAGGCUUUCCGUGCUGUAGGCCUUCUUUUGUUGACGAGGUUGAUCCCGUCACAGGAAAUAAGUUAAAUGGAUUCGUUAACUUCAAAGAGCUCAGGCAUCCAUGCUUUAACAUGGGCACUACCUCAACGAAGGAUUUUAUACCAAAUGAUAUCUCAUUGGGCCGCGACAGUUACCAAAUAGGUCUUCUCACAGGUGCGAAUGCAGCAGGUAAAUCAACAGUCUUGAGAAUGACUUGCAUUGCUGUUAUCAUGGCCCAGGUUGGUUGCUACGUUCCAGCGGAAGAAGCAACUUUGUCUCCCAUUGAUAAAAUAAUGACCAGACUUGGAGCCAAUGACAAUAUAAUGCAAGGAAAGUCGACGUUUUUUGUUGAACUCUCAGAAACCAAGAAAAUAUUGGAUAUAGCAACAAACAGGUCAUUACUUGUGUUGGAUGAGCUUGGUAGAGGUGGGUCUUCAAGUGAUGGCUUCGCAAUUGCUGAAAGUGUCUUACACCAUGUUGCAACACAUAUUCAGAGUCUAGGAUUUUUUGCAACUCACUAUGGUGGCCUAGGCUUGGGCUUCAAACAUCAUCCGAAAGUCAAGCCCCUCAAAAUGAAUAUAAUGGUUGAUGAAAAAUCCCGAGAAAUCACAUUCCUGUAUAAACUUGUUGAGGGACAGAGCGAAGGCAGUUUUGGUAUGCAUGUUGCUUCGAUGUGUGGAAUAGCGAAAGAAAUCGUUGACAGAGCACAAGUUGCAGCUGACAAUAAGGAACACACAUCUCUAUUGGUUAAAGAACGGCGGGAAGCCAAUGGUGGUAUGAGCGAGCAAGAAAUAAUUCCUUUGGGCCUUCAGAGCGAUUUUGUGAGGCUGCGCUAUGGAAGUGGGCUUAAUUCAGGAAAGCUUGGCUGCGGUGAGGGUGCAACGUUAUAUGAUAGCAACAUCAAAGCCAACGCCCUGAAGAGCAUUUUUGCCAUGAUUGAUGGGCUCGACUAA